AUGGCCGCUGCGGCGAUGCGGCCCUCGAUGGGGGCACUCGGCAGGAUAUCGUCAUCCACGCCCUCCCCCCUCCGUCCUCUAACCCAGACCGCCUCGAUCUCCACUACCGCCGCCCUCCUCAAACGCCACAAAUACCGCGAAGCCCGUGUCUACAGGGACAACAGCAAGCACCGCGGCGAGUCGGCCAUCCACCGCAGCGGCACGCGCUGGCGGCUGUCCAUGUCGGAUGAACCCCUGCCGCGCCCCGUGCCACGCAGCAAGCUGCCGGCCAUCGAGACGGACCCGGACCACGGCCUGUGGGACUUCUUCGCCAACCGCCAGAUGAUCUCGGACCCGCCCUCCGAGAUCGCCAAGCACGGCCGCAGCUGGACCGCCGAGGAGCUGCGUCACAAAUCGUGGGACGACCUGCACCGGCUGUGGUGGGUGUGCGCCAAGGAGCGCAACCGCAUCGCCACGGCCAACUGGGAGCGCAACAAGGGCGAGAUGGGAUUUGGCGAGGCCGAGGCGCAGAAGCGGGACCACACGGUCCGGCAAACGAUGCGCUCCAUUAAGCAUGUCCUGACGGAGCGGUUUUACACAUGGGAGGAUGCCGUCAAACUGGCGGAGAACGACCCCGAGGUUGACCUGACCGGCAAUGGGCCGGCGUUUAUCCCGAGCAACUACCUUGAGGAGGGCGAUGUUGCGGCUACCGAAGGCGAGCAGCAGGCCGCUGAGACUACGGGGGAGACGGUAGAGAAGGCGGACCCUGUCACAACGGCCACCCCUGAGCCGGCAACGAUACCCUCAUCUCAGCAACCGACUGACGCCCCGAGGUGA